AUGGCUGAUUUCUCCAUCCUUGAUGCAAUGAAGCUGAGCAUCGGUUUGAAGCUACUGAUACAAGCAAAGCAUUCUGGAGUUCUGUGCUUACACCUCGGAGAAAGUUGUAGUGCAUCAUCUGCGAUUAGCAAAGGUCACUUUGCGAUCUACACAGCUGAUCAAAAGCGGCUUGUUGUUCCCCUUGUUUUUCUUGACAACGAAAUCAUUAGACAACUUCUAGUAAUGUCUGAAGAAGAAUUUGGUCUUCCAAGUGACGGUCCUAUUACAUUCCCAUGUGAUGCAGUCUUGAUGGAGUACAUUAUUUCGCUUCUUAGCCAAGGUGUAGGCAAAGAACUCCAGACUGCUUUGCUUGCAUCAGUUACUUCGAAUCGGUGCUCCUUAACCUCAAUGUAUCAAGGGUUGAGAGAUCAGCAAUUUCUUGUCUGCUGA